UUUGCAUCCGCUCCCCCCAACAUCAUUUCCAGUAAAUGUCCACUCCUCACUUAAAAUUCUUUACGAAGUCGAGGGGUGAGGGGAAGCGAGGACGUUGCGAUAUUCUAUCAAGCCCUUGGUUAGAUAACGUUUAAGUCGAGUCCAUUAGCCAAGUUUUCGCGUGGAACAAUCCAUAAACUUUUAAAACCGAUGGACCCCAACAAGGCAGCGAGCGCCCCUGAAGCAGGGUGGAAUCCUGGGGAGAAAAACGCUCAGGGCAUGUCUGCCCCUCCGCCAUACCAAGACCACCCCCAGUACGCCAACGCAGGCUACCCACCUCAGCCCGGACCUGGAUAUCCAGCCCAGUACCCAGGCUACUCAGCUGCCCCUCAGGGCUACUCAGCUGCCCCUCAGGGCUAUGGACCGCCGCCCCAGAAUGCGUACGGACAACAGCCCUACCCCAUGAGCCCCGGGCAGCAGUACCCAGCCCAGCCAGGGUCUGUGGUGGUUCAGCCCACUGUCUUUGUGCACCGGGCUCCCCUGACGCAGCCGGUUAACGACUACCUGGGCUACUCCAUCUUCACCAUGCUCUGCUGCUGCCUGCCCCUCGGAGUAGCAGCCCUCAUAUAUUCCAUUUCGACCCGUGAUGCCAACAUGGCCGGCGACCAGAUCACCGCCGAGAGGAAGAGCAAUACGGCCCGAACACUGAACCACGUGGCUCUGGGGAUCGGCCUCACCUUCCUCGUCCUGUACAUCAUCGGCGUGAUUGUUGUAUUAGCCAUACGAUAAUCUGAUUGUUUUAUCUCGGUUUAGUCAUACCAUACUGGCUAGUCAGCGCCAAUCUGAGUUUGUUGAUCUUUUGGUCCAAUCAAGUAAUUCUGUUCUAAGGUGUAAGAUUACGCUGUUGGUUUAUCAUUGGUAUUUUACUCAACAUUUAUGUCUUUUACUAUGUAGCGUUAUUAGCAUAUGCUUAGGCGUUAGACGUUUUACACUGCAGCACUUUUCCGAAGAAAUAUCUUUCGACAGUUUAAUUUUAUAGUUUAAAAUUUUCGAAACCAACAAAGGAAAAUAAUAUAACGUUUGAAAGUUUUGUGCUUUUUCAUCACUUUUCCAACUACGAUUUCCAUUUACUCCUAUAAAAUGUUGAUCGUAUCAAAGCAAAAUUAAUCAUUUUACAGUCUCUUGUCAAUCAGUGUUCCCUUUAGUUUUUUCUGCUCUGUCUUUGAUACAGCACGCAGAACACGUGGACAUCCAAAAGUUAUGCAAAUAUAAGUUCAGCAUUGUGUCACUGCUGCAAAGCAUUUAUGCUUUCCACCAUAUUUACUAUAUUCUUGAUUUCACUAAGACAUCCUCACAUUCUAUACCAUUUAAACAAACACAUCUUUAACUUAGCAGAUUUUUACAUAUAUCGGUUGUCAAUCAUGUUUGUUAAAUAAAUGUAUGAUGUACUAAUGUUCAUACACCAUUUUGGAUAAAUAUAUCACAUUUAUGCAUGAAUAAAGUUACAAACAUUUGUAAAAAGAUGGAGUUUGAAAAUGUUUGCAGAUUGAAAAUGCAAGAAAGUUGCAUUUGUACCUUUUUUCCCUGUGGUAUCACUUGAUUACUAAGUACUGCCAUUUGGGUAUUUGUCUUUUUAUCCCAAAGCUCUGGGCUUGGGCCGCAUCUCGUUUUUCAUUCUCACCCAUGUAAUUUCAAAGCUGAGCUGCUGGUGAUAGAGGUCCAUGUCUAACCUGCAAUUAGCCAAGUCAAGACAAGUCUUGCUGGGAUCAAACACUCAUGGCCCAUAGAACAAUGAAUAGAUGGGCAACACGUAUGUCAAGGCAGUUUGACCGGUAUUAACCGAUUAAUGUGCGUUUGAUUCAAGCCGGUGCUCCACUGGCCUAAUGCCGUCGGUAGGGUUGCUUGAUUAUGGAAAAAAUCAUAAUCACGAUUAUUUUGGUCAAUAUUGAAAUCACUAUUAUACAAACGAUUAUUUUUGAGUUUGAAAACAUGAUGUAUUUAUUCAGCCAGUCGCUCCCAAAAAACCCUAUGUAAUUGAGAACUGUGAAAUUUAGCCUUAAAAAAAAUACACAAAAUGGUCAAAAAGAACAUGUUCAAACCAAAAUAAUGAAUAUGUAUCCAGCUGUUCUAGACUGCACUUUCUAUAAAACAUUUAAUAAAAAAAUAAAAUAAAAGUCUAAAAACGUGAUUAUAUUAAUUUUGUGAUCGUUUUAUGCUAAAAUCGAAAUUACAAUUAAAAUACGAUUAAUCGCCCAGCCCUAGACUGUAUUUCUAAAAUCCUGGUAUAAUACCAUAAUACCGCCCAAGUCUAAUAAACUGACUUUCAAAUACCAUAUCUACGCCUCACCCUUUUCCUCUUCUUCAUUAUUCGCUAAUGUUGCUAACUCCGUCACAAACUAUCCUUCUUGUCAUUGGCUGUGCUGAACAAUUUAAUUUUUUUUGGGGGGGCUCUAAUCCAUGGACCUAACUAUGCUGUCCUUUCUUUAAUAGGUCCAUGGCUCUAAUCCAUGGACCUAUUAAAGAAAGGACAGCGGAUUCAAAAAUGGCAUCUUGGGAGCCAGCCACGCCCUAGUGCAUGACGUGCCGGAUGCAGAAAUAUUUCGGUGUGUAGCAUUGUAGCAUCAUAAGCGAGAGGUCUGUCUAUACAUCCCUCGGCGACUUUAAGCGAUAAAAAGUCAACAAAGUGCCCAAAAACCAUCAACGUCAUUCAUGUUAAGUAAAAGGAAAAACCUCGGACACGACAAGUUAACGGAGGGCACUGAGCCCUCUCGGAUGCCUGGCCGAAACAACAUUUGUUUCACCUCAACUCCUUCUCAGCUGCCCACCUCUCCUUCUCCUGCAAAAAAUAAAACGCUUGAGGUGGCGUUUUGAAAAGAGAAAACUUACAUUUUAUUAGUACAUGGUAUAAAGAUAAUUAUGAGCCUUUGAUUGAUAUCCAGACAUUUUUUGCGGAGACACAGGCCUACUUCUGGGCCAAUUGAAUCGAGGGACCCGUCCACAGCCCGGUUACACAGCUGCAAUACCAGGCUUGGCCGCUGACUGAGCACUGGUGGAUUGCGGCAGUAUGCAUUGCUCCCGCAUGGACCUAUUAAAGUCUUCUUUAAUAGGUCCAUGAUUAAAGUGCUCUCGGGGGCUUGCUCUAAUCUCACAAUUUGUCUUGCUAUUCUCCUCCUUCCUUACGCCCCUCAUGUGUCCAACCUCCACCCCCCCUCACACCCUCCCCCUCCUUUAGACCCGUGAUGCCAACAUGGCCGGCGACCAGAUCACCGCGGAGAGGAAGAGCAAAACGGCCCGAACGCUGAACCUCGUGGCUCUGGGAAUCGGACUAGCCUUCAUCCUCCUGUACACCAUCGUUAAAUUAGUCUAAUUGGACUAUCUCGGUUUAGUCGUACCUAGAGCCAUGGAGAGAGAGAAUAUCUAGCAUGAAUAUCUAUCUAUCACUCAUACCAUACUCGCUAAUCAGCCCCAAUCUAAGUUUGUUGAUCUUUUGAUCCAAUCAAGUAAUUUUGUUUUAAGGUUUAAGAUUGCGCAGUUGGUGUAGGCCCAUUGGUAUUUUACUCAACAUUUACGUCUUUAAAUAUGUAGCGUUGUUAGCAUAUGCUUAGGCCUUAGACGUUUUACACUGCAGCACUUUUCCGAAGAAAUAUAUUAAGUUGAUUAUAAAGUUUCAGAAUUUCGAAACCAACAAAGGAAAAUAAUUGAAAGUUUAAACGAUAUGUGCAUAUUUAUCAAUUUUCCAACUACAACGUCCAUUACUGAUUUCAAUCCUCCAGUAAAAUGUUGAUCAUAUCAAAGAAAAAUCGUUUUUUCUGCUCUGUCUUUGCACGCAGAACACAUGGACAGCCAAAAGUUGUGCAAAAAUAAAUUCAGCGUUGUCUCACUGCUGCAAAGCAUUUAUGCUUUCCUCCAUAUUUACUAUAUUCUGUAUUUCACUACGAAAUCCUCACAUUCUAUACCCUUUAAACAUACACAUCUUAGCAGAUUUUUACAUUGUCAAAUGUUGUAUGAUGUAUUAAUGUUCAUAGGCCUACAUCAUUUGUGAUACAUAUAUCACAUUUAUGCAUGAAUAAAGUGACAAACAUUUGAGUUUAAUACAUGUGGUCUUUGCACUCAUUUAUUUGUUAUAAUAAUUUGCAGAGAAAUCGAAUAAAAAAAGAAACACACACACGCAAACACUCAAGGUAAUUUGGCAGGAGAAAUAAGACGAAGGGUUUUACAUUUUCCGCAAACUGAGUCACAUAUACCAUCUUCAAGUUGGUUAUUUUAUAAAAAUAAGUUUGAUGUAUAACCAUUUAUGAAGUUCUAUAUAUGCCUAGCUGUCUAUAAACAACUAUAAAGUUGUUUAUGACUCUUGUGCCAAACUGUUCCUAUCUCUAUUUCCUGUAUCUCCCAAUUGCUGUUGUUGCUUUGUCCCCAGUAUUCAUAGAUUAUAGUAGAUAAUGACCUGUGAACUAAUGAAUCAUUACGUAUAAUUGAAUUGCCAUGGCGCUGUAACCUAUCUACUUCCUCUUAUUACUUGAAUUAUCUCCCCUUGGUUCAUUACCGUCUUCAUUGCACUCUCAUCUCACCCCAAAUGUCCUCGCAUGUUGCCCGGAAAGAUCCAUAUUUGAUACACCAAACACAAAGUUCACCUUAACAAUAAAAGUGCUGGUUUUCGUGGCUGUUUGCACUUAGACUUGGGCUACUUUGCAGCUUCAGAAAAUGAAAGUGUUUUGAAUCUCUCAUCUAAAGUGGACUAACGCAAAGCAGCUGUUGGAAGCGGUAUGGUUUGAAAGAUGACUCAUAAUUUCCCAACAAUGCAUAUAGAGGAAGUUGUCAUGGUGUCAUAUCCUGGUUUGUUACUCUCAUCUUUGUUUAAACUAUGCGCACCAAUGCUUCAGGUGAUGCUACCUAAAUAGUGGACUUUGCAAACAAUAAUUAUGAUUUAUAUUGGCCUCAAUCAAGAGAAAACACCUUCUCUUGGAUCCACAAUAAAACGAUUGAGGGUAGCCUAAGUCACAUCAACAGAUGUCCAUUGUGCUAGUUUCAGUAACUAAGUUAACAGAAGCCAGAACCCAUGGUCAUUGUCCGCCUUCCCACAUAAUUGUUACCA